GUGAGCCCGCAAUCGUCCAGUAUUGCUCCUCUGCUCGAUCCUUCUCGUCGCGAAUCAUAUCUCACAUCAGCAUCUCGACAUCACAGCUUCUCGCCAACUUCAGAUGCUCAUAAUACAGUGCACGAUGAUAUGAUGCCGUUGCCCAAUCCCCACGAUCCUUUCCCUGAGCGUCCCGUCUCUAUGAUCUCACCUAUUUCUGCUACCUCUCCCACAGCAUUGGGAUCUGUACCCCCGAGUUCUUUCCAGGGACAGGCAUUAGCAGCUGUUGGGGGUGCAUCUUCUUCCUCCCGCACAGAGGACCGAGUACUUGAUCGUUCUUCCACUCAAUCAUCUACUCUUCACUCAGACUUGACGCUGUACCAGAAGCAGCUUGAACUUGACCACAGGAAGCGGAGUCUCGAUGCUCGCGAUCCGGAUGUCCCGAGUGACCCUCCCCCGCUGUAUUCGCGCUCGUAGAUGGCUGAUUUCUUGGACACUGCCUCAGCCACAUAUUUUCUUGCUUUUAAAUACUUGAAUACUUGAUUGGACCCUUGGUUACAUACCGCCUUUUACUUGGCUUUUUACAUUAUUUUCUAGUACAUCACAGUAGUGAUAUCGUGGUUCUGGCGUUUUUGGGGCAUGAAGCUUAUUCCAGAAAUAGUGCAGUUUAUCAUUUUGCGUAU